AUGGAAGAUAGCUAUUUAACAUUUUUAAAAAAAAAUACAAUUUUUUCAAAACCGGAUAAGAGUUUAUCAUUAAAAUUUCCAAGCGAUAUACUUCCUGAUGAUUUGUUUUCAUUUACAACAUGUAAACUUAAACAAUAUUGUUAUAGUAGCGAAGCCGAUGAACCAUUUAAUGUAGUUUUUUAUAAUUCAAAAGAAGAAAAAUGUCACAAAACACUACUUUCAGAAAAGUUAAAGAUUCCUGAGGGUGAAAUUGUUCAAGAAAAGCCAGAAGAAUGGGACCCUUAUGGAGACUAUAUAGACAUUAUUGAAAUCGUUAAAGAAAUCUCAAAAACCAAUGAAAUUAAUGUAUAUAAAUGGAAAAGAAUGGCAAAUGAAUAUAUAUGGAUUCUAGGAUGGAAAAACGGUGAAGGAUUAAUUGGGGUUCAUACAGUUGGUAUUUUUUCAUAA